UCUAGGAAGAACCGUACACUUCAUUUGUAUAAUAACCGCAACAAUUUCGAAUUUAAUGGGAAAACUUGAAUGUUGACCUUCAUCUUGACUCCUAUAAAUAAUCGCGAAGGACCGAUAUUGAUACUAUUCGAUUCAAAACCGAAGAAAAUGAAGACCUUUGUAUUAGUAACUCUGGUGGCAAGCGCCCUCCUUGCCUUGGCCCAUGGCUUGCCUGAGCCUGGCUACGGUGGAGGAGGCCACAGCAGCGGCCACAACAGCGGCUAUGGCCACGGCGGUCAGAAUUACGAUCAGGGACAUGGCAGCCACGGAUUUGACCAAGGGCACGGUAGCCACGGAUUUGACCAAGGUCACGGCAGCCACGGAUUCGACCAAGGUCACGGUAGCCACGGAUUCGACCAAGGUCAUGGUCACGGAGGUCACGGAUAUGAUCAGGGACAUGGCCACGGCAACCAAGGAUUCGAUCAAGGGUUCGGUCACGGAGGAAACGGAGGAUUCGACCAGGGCUUCAACCAAGGAGGUCAUCACGGACAAGGCGGCCACGGACACAACCAAGGACACGGUUAUGAUCAAGGUCAUGGUCACGGUCACCAUGAUGAUCAUCACCACUACUAAAUAAAUUAAGAUAAGGUCAUAGUUAAGCUAACAUGUCUAAAACCGGGUAAGCACAAUAUUGGAUCCUACUGUGUACAUGUUUAUUCAAUUAAGAUGAAAACCUUGCUAUUUGUUUAAAACCAUAUAAAAUAGUGUUAUUUAUCUAUACAUAUUUCAAUUUAAGAGUCAUUAUGCACACCUGGUUUUAUUCAAGUUCUUGUAUUAAGUUAAAUUAAAUUGUCAACGCUUGCCAACCCUGAAACAUUGCUCAGGUGAUACUGAAAUGGUGUUAUGUAAAUACAAUAAAUUAUUACUAAAAUAUAA